AUGAGCAGAUCGACAACAUCAUCUUCGGGAAGAAUCAGCAAUCAAUCAAGCUGCGAGUCGACUUUCAGUCGUGCUUCCCAGAAGACAUAUCGAACAGAUCUUACAUCAUGUACCAAUACUCGACCUUCUAUCAAGCACUAUCCUACUGCACCAACCUUGAAGCAAUUACUGGCUCAUGAAGAGCAGGUCCUGGAUAACCAAGGUUUUGCGAGAUCUUCCACGUCGUCUAUCGACACCUACGCUUCAACACAAGCUUCGGAGGAAGACCUCCCUCGUCUUUCUCUUGAUGACUUUCCUCGAGAGAGAAGACAGUGCUUCGAGCCCGACGCCAUUCCAUCGACUCCAGCCGAUUUCGCCGAGCUCUUCCCAUCAACGCAGCGGCUUAUGAUACAGCACGAUGACUCGACACCCGAUGGCAACAUGAACCUACGUCUAGACAUCGACUUCACCUCGAAGAGUGGUCGCAGGAGAAAGAUGACUCUCUUUCACCUAAGAAUGCACGAUCUAGAAGAGCGAAAGUUUUCUUUGAGAAGAUACUGGCGCAAUUCUGGUCGAGAAGUGUCGAGCUGCAAACGCAAGUACAUUCACGACAUCCCAGCUGGUCUAAAGCCAAAUAUGAGAAGAUCAUCGACAGCACCUGAACUCCAUCGACGAGAUGUCAGUCGACACGAUUCUGGCUACGAGUCUGACAAUGACGACGAGGACGACUUCAUGGAAAAGCUUCGAGCUUUCACGAUCGCCAAGAAUCUCAAAGCCACUACCCCAACGAAUGGCAUUCAAAUCGAGUUCUCCAACUAUGCUCAAGUCGUCAUGGAGCCUGCGUGUCAUGAUGACCGAAAGCAGUAUAGCUUUGAAUACUGGGGAGAACAGUACACGUGGAAAAAACGACCACUUCGUGAUGGCGACGAAACAAUCACUUCGUACGAGCUUGUCAACGUUGAGACCCACCAGAAGAUGGCUUCUAUGGUACCAGAUGCCCUCUCAGCAGAAGAGACCAGCUUCGAGCUGUCGCAGGGAGCCUGGAUCCCGGCGAGCAGCAUGAGAAUUCUGCAGCAGAACAUUUCCGAUGACCUUGGUGAUGUUAUCGUCGCGACUGGUCUCAUCGCACUAGCUGACGACUGUAUUCCAUGA